AACAUGUCUUGCUAUUCCAGUGCUCUAGUGAACAGUGUGAAAUCCAUCACUUUGACCUUAAUAUCUGGCAUCUAUAUCUGAUACAUCAGUCAUAGAAGAUCAACAAGUUGUUUCAAGCAGUCUCUUGUGUGUAAGAAUCAAGGACUUGUUCAUCCCAUGAAGAAUACCCUCCUGUGCUGACUUGCAACUACCCUGAUUGCAAUACUGUCUUGCAAAUUUCCCAAUUGCAAUACUGUCUUUAGAAAAUGGGAAGGGUGAAAAAGGGAAGAAGAGGUGAUGUUGACAGUGAGGAAGAAGUUGAUGGGAUUUUAGCCAAAGAGGCCGAGCAAGAGACUGGGGGGAAAGGAAAGAAGAAGAGAGGGAAGAAGAAGGAUUUGGAUGAAGAUGAAGAACUGGAGGAAAACAUGCUCAAGCUAAAAUUGGAAAAUGCAGAAGGAGGAAAAACUAAGGAAAAGAGGGAGAAGAAGAGAGGUAAAAAGAAAGGCACCCAUGAUGAAGAAGAAGAUGUUGAUGAACCCCUUGACAUUCUGGCCAGCCUGAAGAAAGGCCAAGGUGAUCAUGCUAUGGAUGAGGAUGAAGAAGAGGAGACCAUGAGGCCAGCUGGCCACAGCAGAAAUGAGAAGACUAUGUCCAAACGGGGGUUUGCCCUAUUAGAAAUUGAUGAGGUGGAUCUGGAUGCAGGAGAUGAACCAAUGGAAAAAGAAGAGGAGGAAGUGAUAGAAAAGGCUGUGCCUCAGAAAAAGGCAAAGGAAAAGAGAAAACCGAAGGAAUUGGAAGAUGAGGAAUCAGAGGUGAAAGUAGGUGCAGAAGAAGAGGAAGAGAAUGAGAAAAUUGAUAAGGGAAGGAAGAGAAGCAAGAAGGAAAAGAGGAAGAAAAAGAGAGAAGCUGACAUGGAAGGAGAUGAUUACCUUGACAGGAUUCUGGCUGAGCUUGGGGAAAAGCUCCCUCCAAAAGCAGAAGAGAAGGAACCUAAAGGCUUGGUUGAAUUGGAGGUUAUGGAUGAAAUUCCUGAAGAUGAGUACAAUAAGAAGAAGAAGAAAAAGAAAAGAGAAGUAGAGGAAAAGAAACCGGAAAUCACAGAAGAGAAAGAUGGAGGAGCUGAAGAUUUGGGGAUGACAGGGGACAAAGAGGAGAAGGAGGAUAAGGAAGAGGAAGCAACUAUUAAGACAGCAGCUCAAAAGAAAAAGGAAAAGAAGGAGAGGGAAAAGCUCAAGAAAUUGGAAGAAAAGAAGAAGGUAGAGCAGAGGAAGCAGGUAGCUACUACACUUGUCAAAGACGAAAAAGUACCUGAAGAAGGAAUUGAAGGAUCUUGUGUAGCUUUUGGGACAAAAACAGAAAAGACAGAAGAACCAGAGCAUGAAAAGGAAGUUGGAGUUGAAGGUGAAGGAGGAAGAGAAGAAGGAGAAGGAGGAGAAGGAGAAGGAGAAGGAGAAGGAGAAGGAGAAGAUGAAAAAAAGAAGAAGAAGAAAGAUAAGAAAAAGAAGAAAGGGAAGGAAGAGGAAGAACAAGAAAAGAAGAAGAAAGGACCAGGGAAAAAGCAGAUUGCAGCCAUCCAAGAGGCAUUGAAAAAGGUGCAGGAAGAAGAGGAGAAAAGAAGACUUGAAGAGGAACAGAAAGAGCGAGCCCUUGAAGAAGCUGAGAAAAAACGCCAAGAAAAGCUACGAUUAGAGCAAGAAAGGAAAGAGAGGGAAAAGCAGAAAAAGAAAGAGAGAAUAGCACGUAUGAAGAUAGAGGGUACAUACUUGACUGCAAAGCAGAAGGAAGCAAGAAGAAGAGCCCAGAUUCAGUUGGAGGCCCUUAAGGCCCAGGGUGUUCCUGUACCUGAUGCAGCUGCAGCUACAGAGAAAAAAGCAAAAACCCAGAAGGUAUCUCGGAUGGUGAAACCAAAGCCGAAACUUCAUAGUCAUGCUCCUGAAGAGAAGGAGAAGGGAGAGGUUGAAGAAGUGGAGCUAGAAAUUGUGGACAAAGAGGAGCCAAAAGGAGGAGCAAAAGAGGUACAGGUGAAGGUUGAAGAGAAGGUGGAAGACAAAAAGGAAGAGGAAGAAGAGAAAAUAAAAGAUUCCUGGGACCAGGACAGUGAAACAGAGAAUGUGAAAGAUGCCUGGGAUGAGGAAUCAUCAGAGGAGCAUCUUGAGGAGGAUGAUGAGAGGUCUGAAAAAUCAGAGUCUGCAUUUUCUACUGAAUUGGAGGCCAAGAGACAAAGGCCAGAAGUAGAGGAGGAUGAGGAGUCAGAGAGUGAAGAAACUGAUACAGAGAGUGAGAGUGAGAGCGAUGAAGAAAUGACCCUGGCUGAGAGGAGACGUGAGAAAGCCCUUGAACGCAUCCAGAAAAGAAAAGAAGAGGCUGAGAAAAAUAGGACAUUGGAGCAUCUUCGCCAGCCAGUGGUGUGUGUUUUGGGACAUGUAGACACAGGAAAGACAAAGAUUUUGGAUAAAUUGAGGAAAACUAAUGUGCAAGAGGGAGAAGCUGGUGGUAUCACCCAGCAGAUUGGUGCCACCAAUGUCCCUGCUGAUGCUGUCUGUGAACAAUGCAGGAUGGUUCAGAAUAGUGCUUUUCUUGAUUUCCAGUUUGACAAGAUGAACUUGAAGAUCCCAGGGAUGCUGAUCAUUGAUACCCCAGGACACGAAUCCUUCAGUAACCUCCGUUCUAGGGGGUCUUCACUCUGUGAUAUAGCCAUUCUGGUUGUGGAUCUGAUGCAUGGUCUAGAACCUCAAACACUUGAGUCCCUUGCUCUCCUGAAGAAGGGACGGACACCCUUUUUGGUUGCUCUCAACAAAAUAGACAGAUUGUAUGAUUGGAAGAGCAAUCGGCACAAAGAUGUCCAGGAGGUAAUCAAAAGCCAAGCACAGAACACUUCCUUGGAGUUUGAUCAGAGAGUGAAAGGAAUCAUCUUACAGUUUUCUGAGCAGGGCAUGAAUGCAAGACUCUUCUAUGAGAAUCCAGACCCAAGGACAUAUGUGUCCCUUAUACCAACAUCAGCCCUCACUGGAGAUGGGAUGGGGAAUCUGAUGGCCCUCCUUGCUGAAUUGACACAGAACAUGCUUGCCAAAAGAAUUGCCUACUCUGAGGAACUGCAGGCCACUAUUCUUGAAGUGAAAGCCUUGCCUGGUCUAGGUACCACUAUUGAUGUGAUCUUGGUGAAUGGGACAUUGAGAGAAGGUGACACAGUUGUUCUUGCUGGGACUGAGGGUCCAAUUGUCACACAUAUCAGAUCACUGCUCAUGCCACAACCUAUGAAGGAGCUUCGAGUUAAGAAUCCCUAUACUGAACAUAAGGAAGUUAAAGCAGCUCAGGGAGUAAAGAUAGCUGCCAAAGAUCUGGAGAAGGCCAUUGCCGGUAUGGAAAUGCUCAUAGUCUAUAGUCAUUGGUCUGUGCAUAGUUUAUGCCUUGCCAUUUGCAUGGGGGGUGAGAAAACAAAACCAUGUGAUUCUCUUUCAGGUUUGAACAUGUUGGUAGCUCAUCAUCCAGAUGAAAUUGAUAUCUGUAAAGAGGAAGUCCUGCGGGAAUUAAAAUCAGCUCUAAAUGCCAUUAAGCUGCAAGAACGUGGGGUUUAUGUCCAGGCAUCCACUCUCGGCUCUCUUGAAGCCCUACUCGAGUUCCUGAAAACAUCUCAGAUUCCUUAUGCUGGGAUCCGCAUUGGGCCUGUGGUGAAGAGAGAUGUAAUGAAAGCUUCUACUAUGCUGGAGCAUGACAACCAGUAUGCGGUGAUCUUGGCGUUUGACGUGAAGGUGGAGCGGGAUGCCCAGGAAAUGGCAGAUUCCGUGGGUGUGAAAAUCUUCCAGGCGGACAUCAUAUAUCACCUCUUUGAUAAAUUCAUGGCCUUUCGCGAAGACCUCCGGCAGAAGAGACGGAAAGAGCACGAAAACAUCGCCGUCUUCCCCUGCAGACUCAAAAUCCUCCCUCAGUUCAUCUUCAACUCUCGAGACCCGAUCGUGAUGGGAGUAAUGGUGGAAGCCGGGGUGCUCAAGUUGGGCACCCCUCUCUGCGUUCCUUCCAAAGAUGUCAGU